AUGGCCGUACUUGGGUUUCACCAUAUUUCGGAGUUCGCACUCUUUUUGACCAGUCUUCUUGUGGGAGUCACCAUGGUGAUGGGCGUCAACGCAGUGAAUUCCGCUCCUAACUUCAUGUUAAAAUAUUAUACGUACAUUGGAAAUCCGGACACCACCUCUAAGAUGCCUAAAUUCUGGACUAACAUUUUAAACUACUACACCAUCGUCACGAUUGUUGCGCAAUCAAUCCAUGAGCCUACGAAUGUCAGCACCUUUUUAUGCCGUUUUUCGCUUCUUUUCAGGCUAGAGAUGAGUUGCCUUAUUAUGAUGGUAGAGAUCUUGGUGAUUCUUUUGAUGCCCUUCUGUGGCACAUCAGAAAUGGCAGCGAUAGCGGGGUUGAUGAUUGUAGCCUAUCUUGGUGGGUUUGCUCGUGCUUACUUUGAAAAUACCGGUUACGCCCUCUUCAGCCCUUGCCCGUCAAAGAUGAUGUCAGCGAUGUUGAUUGGUUCGGCUCUGUCGGGGGCAAUUGUCUCGGUGAUGCAGAUUGUUCUCAAAGUAAACAUGCCGGACACCCAUGACUCCAUUCUGACGCAGACUAUUUUGUAUUUCUCUCUUACUUUGGGUAUUAUCUUUACUGCUGGGGUGCUGUUGUUUUUACUUCUAUUUAAUCCGUUUGCCAAACAGUUUGUAGCGGAACUUUGUAGUCGAGAUAGUUUUUGGCAUAAUAUUUAUCGUCCUUUGCGUCAGAGCGACACCAACAAUCUAUAUCCCCAAAAGAAUACUUCGGAGGAGGGUGAAGCUCAUGCCGAUGUUAGCAAUCCGAACGAUGCGGUAAACAGCGCCGAUCUGUUUGAAACCCAAAAUAUUUUGUGUGAGGAAGGAGGAGCCUCGGGGAAUCGCGUGGCCGUACCGAAUUCACAUGGAAGCGAACACGACGCGUCGUCAAAGAUGGUGCCGACCCCGCCAAUGGGCUUACGGCUAUUCAAACCUGUGGAAGAUGGUAAUUCGAUAAAUUAUGUGGCAUCCAAAAAAGAUGCCUAUGGAGACACUAUAUCAGUAAAGGAAGGGGCCGGCAUGAGCACAUCGGAGCUCUUACAGGGGGUGAAAAUUUGGCCCGUAAUCAAAAAAACGUAUCCCAUGAUGUUAUCAUCUUGUCUUGUCUUUUGUGUUACGUAUCUCAUCUACCCAGGUAUUCUCAUCGCAGUAGCCCCUGACGAUGAUUGGUACACGACUCUCAUCAUGACCUGCUAUAACUUCUCUGACCUCAUAGGGCGUGUUAUGAGCAUGUGGAAGCGUUUAUGGCCGAGCCGAAGGUUUGUCUUGUUUGUCACUAUUGUACGAACUAUCUUCGUUCCGCUUCAAUUUAUGUGCGCCCUGCACAUCAUCCCUGGGAAAGCCACCUCGUACGUCUUUACCGCCUUCUUAGGGUUGACGAACGGAUUCUUCGGGACGUUGGCGAUGGUGUACACUCCUCUCUCAUCAGGAUUGGAAUCCAAUGGGGAGAAGGCGAUUGCUGGCCAGAUCUCAGGUGCGUGUCUUCUUUUUGGUUGCUCUAUAGGCUCUCUUCUUCAGUUGAUCGAGGUGAUUCCAUUUACUUAA